GCGUGCAGCCCGGGGAUUUCAUCCUCAUCCGCUACAACGUCGCCGGGCGCCGGCUGUGGCACGAGAGGCUCGUCCUGUGCCUCGCGGCGGCGGCCCCGUGGGGCGUGGGGAUCCUUACGCCCGAUGGGGACGCCUACGUGGAGAUCGUGAUCGGUGGCGCCGGCAUCGCAGAGUGCAUCGUGUGUGACCGGGGCGCGGCCGGUGGCGGAGCAGCGGCCCUCGGAGGCGAUGCCACCUAUCGCUUUAACGCGAUCCCGCUCGGCCCGGUGGUCGCGCAGGGGGUGCAGGACACCGCCACGAUGCUCGGGCUCGGAGCGCAGCCGGCGGUCGUGCCCAACACCGUCGGACGGGCGAUCGUGCGGGCGGCCGCUGGCGCCGCAGGAGGAGCCGCGGCCGCGCCCGGCGGCGCGGGCGCCGCAGGAGGCGUGGACGGGCUGGCCGCGGCCCUCGCAGGCGGCGGCAUCGGCGCCGCCGCGGCCCCCGGCGGUGGGGCCCUGGUGGCCGCGCCGCCCGCCCUCGUGGGCCCACCUGCCGACGGCGCUCUGGUGGCUGACGCCCCACCGCCCGGCGCCCCGGCGGCGGCCGCACCCGCGGCGCCGCCAGUCGCCGCGCCCGUGCCCCCGGCGGCUGCAGCGCCUGCGGGCGCGCCUUUCAUGGGCGCAGCUGCGGGGGCUCCCGGCGGCGACCUCAGGAUCAUGGCGGUGCAGACCGACAUACGUGGGCAGCGUCACCGGCCUUUCUCAGAGGCUGCGCGUUUGUUGGUGGAGAUGCCUUUCGCAGACUGGCCUAUUGAUGGACCGCGCACGCUGAUAUGCGUAGUGCUCUUCAUCUUGAGGGUCGCCGGGACGCCGCUCGCCUGGCACCAGAAGCUCCGCACGGAUGGGAACUUGGACGACGACGAGCCUGGCGUUGGCAACCACGAGAUGAUGUGUCGUUUGCUCGAGAUCGGGCUUUGCUACGACCAGCUUCACUGCUCGAACCUAGCCUCGAUGGAGCUGGUCGCGCGGUCGAUCCAGACUGAGAGCGAGCGCUACAGGCACCGCUUCGAGAGCUCGGAGGAUGCUGACCUGAACCACAACCUGAUGAUCGGGAUGACCCACGGUCGUGGGCACGUGUGUGCGUGCCCGGCCUUGCGGGACCACGUCUCCGCCCAGCUGCAGAAGGAGGCGGCUAUCGCCAAGGAGUGGAGGAAGGCAGGGAGACAGCGCGACCUGUUCCCGAUGCCAUUUGUGGGCGGCGGCAGCGAGUGCGGCAAGCCCACGCUCAGUCGCCGCCCGCUACUCAACGAGAGCCAGCGGACAGCCAUCCAGAACAUGAGCACCGCUCUACAUCGGCUUGGUCGUCAGCCCGAGCAGUAUGCGGAGACGCGUGGGUGCGAGGACGGAGCCCUCUCGGAGCUCCUCCAGGGCGUCGCCAUCUAUGGAGACGGCGCCUGCAACCCGUCAGUUCCGUACCGCCGAGAGCAGAUCUCAUGGCCAUCUUCGAGCAUGCCACCAGUGGAGUUGCCCACCAUCCUGGGGCCCUCGGAGGCGGCGCGCCUGCGGGACUGGCGGAGCCAAAUGCUGAGACCACCGAGGGAGGCAGAAGAGCUCAUGGCCACGGCGUGCCCGAGGGGGGCACACUGCGACCAGGGGCUAGUCGGCGACCCGCGGACCUAUGCUGAGUUCUUGGGCAAGCUCUACGGCAAGGGGAUGGUUCACUUCUCCGCCGCCGUGGACGCCAAGGGGACUGUCGGUGUGUUCUUCGUCCCGAAGAAGAGCGGGGCGCAACGCAUCAUCUUUGACACGCGUAUCGCAAAUGGUUUUUUCAAGGCGCCUCCGAAGACCAGAUUGCCGACCGCUGCUGCCUGGAGCGCAGUGGAGGCCCCCGCGUCGGGGGUGUUCGUGGCGACGGCGGACUUGGAGUGUGCUUUCUACCACAUGAAGCUGCCCAGCGGCAUGGAAGAGUACUUCUCGCUGUUCGCCAUCGACUCCACCUUCAUGCUGGAGGCCGGGCUCGACGACUUGCCUUUCGGGCCGGGAGUGAUGGUGGCAGCUCGCGUGUUGGUGCUGCCGAUGGGGUUCACCUGGGCUCUUCACUUGUGCCAAGAUGUGGCUGCAACCUGCCUGCUGCGGAGCGGGGUCGACCCGUCCAGCAUCAUCGUGGACGGUCAGGUCGGUAUCGCCCUCGGACCGUCGCGUCCGGCCGCAGCGGGCGCAUACGUCGACAACGUGGUCACCAUCGGCACCAGCGCAGAGGUGGCAAACUCGUUGUUGCACUCCCUCGUGCGGCGCUUUGAGGACGCCGGGCUCGUGGCCCACGAGAUUGUCGAGGCGUCGGCCAACGCCCAGUUCUUGGGGCUGCAGCUGCACGCCGGGAAGGCGCUCACCGUGAAGGCCAAGAACGUCUGGCGGCUGAGGGCCGCGCUUGGUAGCCUCUUGCGGCGGAAGUGGGUCACUGGCUACGCGCUGCGGGCCGUCCUUGGGCACAUCACCUGGAUGAGCAUGCUGCGGCGCGAGGCCCUGACGACCCUGCGCGCCUGCUACGCAUUCGUCGAGGCGUUCGAGGGCCGCCCUGGCCGCCUGUGGGACUCAGCGGCGCGGGAGCUGAUCACGGUUCGCAACCUGUUGCCGAUCCUGCAGGCGGACCUGACCGCCGGCUGGCGCAGCACGAUCACCUGCAGCGAUGCCGCGCCAGAGGGGCUCGGUGUUGCGCGCCAGCGGUUGGAGGCCACGGUCGUCGCCAGCUGCGCCCGGUUUUCAGAGCGCUGGCGGUUCAAAGUCGCCGGGGCGCAGGCAGCUCGCGAGCGCUCCCUUGCUUGCGGAUCUGCGUCGGAAAAGAUGGCUGCCACCAAAAACGGACAUCGCGCUGCUGACGCUGACCCUGAUGCCGCCGAGACCCCGCCCAAGCACGCGGAGCCCUUCCCGAACUAUAUUGUGGCGCCCCUCGCGGACCCCGUUCUGGAUUCUGGCAGGGUGCUCGCCGAGGCGCCCGAGGAGGUCUCGGAGGACCCGGAGGGCUUCGCGGUGAGGUUCGAGGAGUCAGCCGCGGGCGGUAUGGCUGGUUCAGCGGGCGGCGCGUGCUGCGCGGGCCCGCGGGUGGCGCUCCUACUGGCCGUCGUGGUGGUCGCCACUGCGGGCCCCGUGGGCGCCGACGCGGCUCGGAAGUCUCGCGUGCCAAGCGCGGGGGCCGCCGUGGCGCAGCGGCAGAAGCUGGCUCAGCAGGCGCGGAGCUCGCGGCCGCUGCUGGCGGGGCUGACGCUACUGGAGACGCUGGCCAUCCGCGCGAACACCGAGCGGAGCUACUUGCAGAUGCUGAACAACUUCGUGCAGUGGUGCCAGCAGCACCGCCAGGACUGGAAGACGUACGAGGAGCUCGACCUGGUGCUGUCGAGCUACUUCUCGGACCACUACUUGCUGGGGACGGCGUGCAACAUCGGGAGCCAGACGCUGGCGGCCAUCGCGCACGUCACGCCCUUGCUGUUCAAGCAGACGGUAUCCGUGCUCCCCCGGGCCUCGAGGGCCUCGGCCGCCUGGAAGCGCCGCGCGCCGGGCAAGACCCGGCUGCCGCUGCCGCGCCCUGCAGUCUACGCGAUCGCGGGCUGGCUGAUCAGCCACGGGCAGCUUGGGAUGGCAUGCUGGGUGGUCCUGGCCUUCGCAGCCUACCUGCGGCCGGCCGAGGCGCAGGGCCUGACGCACGAGAGCCUGGCGCCGCCGGCCCCGGCAGCCGGCGCGGGGCACUCGUGCUGGGCCCUGCUGAUGCAUCCGCUGGAGCGCGGAGUGGCGGGGAAGACCGGGCACUACGACGACAGCGUGCUGAUCGACCAGGCCCCCCUGUGGCCGGUGCUGGCGGCGAUGCGGCUAGCGACGCCGCCAGGGGCCAGCCUGUGGAGCUUCUCGCUGGACGAGCUCACCGCGCAGUUCAGCAGUGCGUGCCAGGCUCUGAAGCUGUCGUCGCUGAGGCCCCACCUCUACAGCCUCCGCCACGGGGGAGCUUCGGACGACCUCCUGACGGGCCGCCGCAGCCCGCUCGAGGUGCAGCGUCGAGGCAGAUGGGCAGUGGCGUCGUCGAUGCGGCGCUACGGCAAGGAGGGCUCCCUGCUGGACGAGAUGGCGCGGGUGAACGCGGCUGUCUUCGCCUUCGGGGCCCUCGUCGAGGCGAACCUCAGCUCUCUCCUCGAGCACGGUUUCAGCAGGAUGAACCUGUACGGCCUGGUGCCGGCGACUGCGCUGCCGACGCUGGGCCCAGUGGCUGCGGCGUCAGGCCGGCGGGGCCGCGAGCGGCCUGCCGCCCGGCUGACCGGGGCCUCGGGCGUCACCGCCCCGGGCCCACCUCAGCGGCCAGCAGCCAGGCCCAGCAACGCCGAGUCACACCUCGCAGAGGCGGUCAGGCGGCGUGGGCUGCCUGCGCUGGACCUGGGCCUGUGGCGGGGUCCAGCUGAGGACCACCUCAGCCGCGAGUUCCGUGCUGUCGUGAAGGGCUGGCUAGCAGGCCGGGUCGCGGGCGCCGUCUGGUUGGGCACCCUUCGCACUACCUGGACACAGGCGCUACGACAGCCGCUGCGGACACGGGCGCGGCCGAUGGGGCGGGCUGACCUCUUGCCUCACGAGGCCGCCAAAGUUCGCAUGGGGAACCGAACUUUCCAUUUAUCUUGUGAUGUGAUUGAGCUUUGUCUGGAGCUGCGUAUCCCAGUUUUCAUUGAGAACCCGGCGGGCUCGCUGAUAUGGCAAGCGCGACGUCUGCAACGAUUGCUUCAGCAUCCGUCUUGCCAGCUGCUGACUUUCGACUGCUGUCAGUACGACGCCCCCUGGCGUAAGCGGACGUCGGCGGCGGCCUGGAACGCC